CUGCCCGCUGUGCCUGCCUGCAAGUCUCCGACAUGGCUCAGGAGAAAAUGGAGCUGGACUUUGAGCCUGGCACAUCUCAUGGGGGCACCCUGAGGAGAUCCAACAGUGCUCCCCUGAUCCAUGGGCUCAGUGACCUUUCACAGGUUUUCCAACCUUACACAUUUAGAACUCGGAGGAAUAGUACAACAAUUAUGAGCCGUCACAGCUUGGUAAGUAUCAAAUUGCUGUCAUCCUCACCUAAUCGUAUUCCUAGUAGCAGACUGCUUCAAAUCAAAAGGGAAGAAGGCCUGGAUAUGAUGAAUAGAGAAACUGCACAUGAAAGGGAAGUACAAACUGCAAUGCAGAUAAGCCAGUCAUGGGAUGAGAGCUUGAGCCUGAGUGAUAGUGAUUUUGACAAGUCGGAGAAAUUAUAUUCUCCUAAGAGAAUUGACUUCACUCCAGUUUCUCCAGCACCUUCACCCACCCGAGGAUUUGGAAAGCAAUGCUUUUCACCGUCCUUACAAAUGUUUGUGAGUAGCAGCGGGUUGCCGCCAAGUCCUGUUCCUAAUCCAAGACGGUUUUCCAGCAGGAGGAGUCAGAGUCCAGUCAAGUGCAUUAGGCCCAGUGUUCUUGGUCCUCUUAAAAGGAAAGGGGAGAUGGAAACAGAAAGUCAGCCCAAGAGACUCUUCCAGGGCACUACCAACAUGCUGUCUCCGGAUGCUGCACAUCUGUCUGAUCUCAGUUCAUGUUCAGAUAUUUUGGGCAGUAGUAGAAGCAGUGGCUUAUCCUCAGACUCACUGGCUACAGGCAGCGCUCCUGCAGAGUCUCCAGUAGCAUGCUCCAAUUCAUGCUCUUCGUUCAUCUUGAUGGAUGAUCUCUCACCCAAGUGACUUAAACAUUUCUGAUUCAGUGCUUUUUAACUGCUGUUUCCCACAUAAAACAUUCAGUGAGGAACGCAGAGAACUUUGAUCCAUAACGAGGAUUGAAGUUGACAGAUUUCAGUCAUUCUGAUGCUGUUAUUUUGGAGCAUCUCUCCCCUCUAAAGUUUAAUUACUUACUAUCAUGUCUGUUUUUGCUGAUCUCAUUUACAUUUAGUGACUAAAUCUCAAAAUACUGAUGUUUGAUCACUUAGAAGAUUUGCUUUUCCUUAGUGCCUCAAAGAGCAGCUGCUUUCCAGUCUGUAUGCUUAAGGGAAGCACGGAUGUGAAUUUGCUCUCAUGGUUCUUUUCCCCAGCAGUGAUGUGAUCAAGUUGAUCAGAAAUUCUCUUGCUUGAGAGAUUUUUUUUUUUUGUUCUCUGUUGACUACAUAGUUUCUAAUCUCUUUAUUUCUCAGCAAUCUGCAAAUUGCUUUUGAACAGAUUAAAUUUUUAGUUUUCUGCAUCAGCUUAAAGCACAUUAUUUCAUUUCCUUUCCUGUUUGAGCUGCUGCUUACUUGCCAUAUCUCACCGAGGGAAGAAACGCCUAGUCGCUUCUGUCUCUAUCCUUGUCGCUUCUUUGCUGUUGGAGUGUAUGAUGUGAGGACUGAUUUUAGUGCUGACAAUGUAAAUGAACUUACGGGAUGCCUGGGUUAGUCAUCCAGGUUCUUAUGACUUUGCUGCCACAGUUGAUAAUUCUCCUCCCAAACCUGUUGUCCUAAGGAAUAUAUAAAAUAUUGUUGAUAUUUCUAGGUGGUGUUAUCAAGGAGAAGAAAUUCCUAGGCCUUGACCAGAUGUGGGGAGCAUCUACAAAUGAAUGAAUAAUGUAUUUGCGUACAAAGCAAGUGGUCCAUGGAGCUGUCAUUGUCUCCGGUGGUAUUAUGAGGCCUUAGGUGCCUUGGGGUACAUUGUCGUGCUGUAAGGGAUGUAUAUCAUAAGAUAGCGUGGAAAAGGAGGCUUUAUGUGUGUGAUAGCCACAUCCUAUUUCAGUUGCUGCUUUUUUCUGAUUCCUUUUUGUCAUUGGAUUUGUUUGUUUUGUCAUGUGGUGACUGGUGUUUUGGUUAUUGUGUUGCCGCCAGAGUCGGAAUCCAGUUUGUGUCCAUGCUGCCUUAUAGUAAGGGCAGUUAAAUCUCUAUGAGGAAGCUUUUAGGAGCUGAAAAAGUCAAUGUUAUUGUGCAUUCUGCUUUUAAGAAGUUGUUGAGCUGUAAGCACUGUACCUACCAAUAAGUGCUAGGUAUCAUGUUAUUUAAUUUUACAAAAGGAAACUCGUGGCUGAGCUAUUUAGGAAAUCUGAGUAUAGUCUCUUGUUAUGUUAUUUAUUAAUUAUAUCAUGUAAAAUGUCAUAAUAGAGUUCUUUUCGUGUUCAGACAUCGUGGUUGGAUUGUCUGUGUCUAAUGUGCACGUUGCCUGCUAGGAUCAUGCUAUUCUAUUUUUAAAUGAAUGUAAGAAAACAAAAACUACUGCCCUUGUGCUUUCGAAGGCAAAGGUCCUUGAUUUUAAAGGAAGAUGGUGUGCUUUGAAGGCACUCACAGACUAGUAAUAGCAGAUGGCUCAAAGGGGAACGUGUUCUCUUCCAGUUAUAGAGAACUUCACUUAGCUUGCAGUAGUUCCGUUACAGAAUUAGAUGUGUCCUUUAUUUUAAAUUGUAAUCACUGCCAUCACAGCUACUAAGAGCUUUUGUUCCUGUGUUGCUUUCGCCUGGGCAAAGCCUACAACCCUUCAAAGCUAAUGUCAUUGUCCCCUUGUGUGCCAUUUUAAAGAAAAAUCUCGUUGAUGGUACUUGGUGUAUCUAUUCUGUUUGUAAAAGAACCAUGUUAAGAUGUUUUUGCUUCUAUAAUGAUAAUGGUUUUGUCUUUCAGGAGAUUUGUCCACCUUCACUCUACUGUCUUCUUUGCCUUAAAGUGAUACUCUUGGGUUCAAAUGUAGGACUGUUAGGAGAGAACCUUCGAAAUGUGAUGAUAUUUAAAUAAUAUUUUUGAAAUCCAGUGGUGGGCUAGAGCAGGAAAUUGAAAUUGUUCCAGUGGUAUGAGAACUGGGAGGCAAGAUGAUUCACUUUAUUGUUUAAACCAAGGUUCAUUUUCAGUUUUUAUUCUUUAAAUGGACUGAAAUGUUAGACUGUGCAGGGAAUGUUUUGAAAUAAAUAAAGGAUAGAGAUAUGCUAGCCCACAGAUGAGCUUUCUUGACAGUACCCCUUUAUUUUUAUAUAAAGUCUAAUAUUUGAAAAGUGGUUAUUGUUAUAAAGUAAAAUUCCCUCUUCCUGUUCUAAUACUAUAUCAUAUAUUUCAAGCUUCUAUUUGAAAACAAGGACAAGAAUAAUACAAUAAGAUAUCCUCCAGAUACUGUUUUUGCUUGACUGACUUAAUAAUCAUUGUUUCAUGACAACUGCUUUUGGAAUAAUAGAACAAUAAUAGAAAGUUUUGUGAAAUGCUGGCCUUGCGUAUAUCUUAGAAUGCAAAUUUAAUAAAGUGUGUACAUG